CACCCACUGUUAGUGGGAAAACACAACUGGCAGCGCGAGGUUCAAAUACAGAGAUCUGGAGGCAAAGAGGCAAAAUUUGUUUCUGAAUAUCGAUAGCGGAUUAUAAGGUAAAUCACAAUGCAGCAAUCCUUGCUGCUCCUGUCGCUGGCGGCCCUCGUCCUUAGUGCGGCAGUUGCCCUGCCCCUGAGUGUAGAGGAGUCCGCCGAGAGGGGAUCCAGCCUGCAGAGUGAGAUGGAGAUGGAGUUGGAGAAGGAGCUGGCAGAGAGUGUGGAGGGCGAUGAGAUAUUGAGUACGGGCUGGGACAGCAACGAGAGCAGUGGUCCGAAGACUGUCGUUAAGCGAUCGCCUGAAGCGGCUGCCAAUGACGCCAGCAGCUCCUCGGAGGAGCAUGGAAAGGACAAGGCCAAAACCAAGGCGGACAGCUCCGGCGAAUCUUCCGAGGAGUUAAAAAAGAAGGAGCAGCAGCCGGCACAGGCUGAACCGGAACAAGCAGAACAGAGGAAAAGAAGAUCCACAGAGGCGGCUGGCAAGGACGCCAGCAGCUCCUCGGAGGAACAUGGAAAUGACAAGGAAAAAGCCAAAGCCAAGACGGAUAGCUCGGGGGAAUCCUCCGAGGAGUUGAAGAAGAAGGAGCAGCCUGAGCCGGAGAAAGCCAACAGGAGAAGACGUCAGGCCAUCAAGGACUCGCACAGCGCUGAGAUUGUGGAUGAUGAUGAGGAUCCCCUUCAUCAAGACAGUCAGGCUGAGAAAGAGGAUGGACCUGUGCCUGCCAUCACUCCACCGGACAACACCAGCAUCGAGGACUACGCCCAAGGAUGCGAGGUGAUGGAGGUGAGCUCCAAGGAGGCCAACGAGACAACCUACAUCGAAUGAGCCCGCACAUUAAACAUAAAGUAGAUUUAAAUAAACUAGAAAAAGCCCCGAACAGGCGUUCCCAACUUU